UGACCUCCACAGCACCCACCAGCACCCAACUGACCUCCACAGCACCCACCAGCACCCAAGGGAGCUCCACAGAACCCACCAGCACCGGAGGCACCACCACAGCACCCACCAGCACCACUGCUCUUUCUCCAGUCUUCUGCCAGAACGGAGGCACCUACAACGGGGUCAAGUGUCUCUGCCCCUUGUCUUUCUACGGCCCCUUGUGCGAGUUCUCCACCGACUCCAUCAACACCAACCUCCCUUACCCGGGGACCAUUUUGGCCAACACGCUGGCCAACGUGACCGUCACCAACUUCAACUACACGGCGGAUCUCAACGACACCCAAUCGGAGCCCUAUCGCUUCUUCGAGGAGCAUUUCCGGAGCGAGAUCAGGAAGAUCUACGGGACCAUCCCCGGCUACGAGGGCGUGAAGAUCAUCAGCCUCAGCCCUGGGAGCAUCGUGGUGGAGCACGAGAUCUUCUUCACCAUGAUGGAGACCAACAACACGACGGAGACGUUCGAGGAGACGACGAGGAUGGUGGUGCAGAGGCUGCGGGAGGAACAGGCGGCCCAGGGCAACUGUCAACACAACACCUCCAUCCUCUGCCUCAACUUGUCGCCCAACCCCAUUGUGAGGAACAUGACACAAGCAUCUUCCCUGAUCGAGAUCUGCCGGCAACGAGCCCCCAGCGACUACCGCGACUUCUACUUCCCAUUGACCACCGAGGACACCAUCCAGUGCAUCACCAACUGCACGCCCAACACGCGCAGCACCCUGGACUGUCACUUCGGCCAGUGCCACGUCACCCGGGCCGGUCCCCAGUGCUCGUGUUACGACGAAACCCUGUACUGGUACACGGGUGACAACUGCUCCGGGCGCAUCAGCAAGGUGGCCAUGGCCUUGGGUUUGGUGGCCACCAUCUUGCUCAUCGGCUGCGUCGUCCUCACCAUCAUCCUGGUCAGGAACUACCACAAGAAGAAGUACAAGCUGAGUGACCCUCAAACCUACGCCGGUGACAACUGGUACGAGGCCGACGGCUUCACAUGGCGCUCGCCCGAUGGCUUUCUCUACCGCAACAUGGUGGCCGCCGGCCCCACAGGUGAUGACACCCUAAGCAACUUCACCCCUUCGUUGGACCUGGUGGAUACGUCCCGGCCGAUGAGGAUCUCCAGGCCGGAGCUCCGACCUUCCAGUCGCAACAUCCCACCGGUCAACAGAAGACAACCCAACUGGGACAACCGAUGAGGAUCACCAGGCUGGAGCUACAACCUUCCAGUUGGGACAUCCCACCGGUCAACAGAAGACAACCCAACGGGGACAACCGGUAGAAGACCCCCCAAAACUCAACACCACGGGUCUUCUCCCUAAAGGGGGACCCCCCCACCCCCAAAUCUGCCCCGGGGGGGGGGAGCACGCGGGUCGUGCCGAAUCUGGGCCAGAUGUUGGGGGUGGGGACACCUCCAUUGUUAUUUAUUAUUUAUAUUGGGUGCCCCAAAUUCCCCCACCCGGGGGGGUCCCCAAAAGGAUGAUGCCCCCCAUAUUCCCCCAUAUAUGGGGGGCGCGGGACUCCUAUGGGGGCUCAGGCCGCGGGGAGGCCGCUGCAGAGAC